AUGGCAGUGAGUGGGAACACCACAUUGCCCAACACCGUGCCAUCAAAUGCCACGAACAGCAGCACAGCAACAACCACCAUGGUGACGAACACCAUGGUGACGAACGCCACGUCGACGACCCUGCAGUGUCAGCAUGGUGGUCGUGAAACGAACGGAUUCUGCCUCUGUCCUGAUGAUUUCACUGGAAAAUUCUGCGAGUUAUCCGGAUUUCCAAGGGCUACAGCUUGGUGCCGGAAUGAAACUGGCACUUUUGAUACACCUCAAAUGCUGAACUGUGGCCUGACCCUUAAUACCAUCGAUAAUGAUCUUUCAAAUGCUGAUCCUGGAGCCAGGCAGAAGUUGGCCUUCAACACCCAAAUCCUCACAUCCAAACCAGACAAGCUAACCACGCAAAACAUCAGCACCGCUGCAAAGAUAGCCAACAGUCUGCUCACAAACAAAGACAGCAGUCAGGAUGUCCACCUUGCAGCGGUCACCACAGUCAGCCAGCUCCUUAAUGCUAGCAUGAAGCAGUUCUACAACGUCACUGCUGAUUCCAUCACCAGUCUCACCCAAACGUUGCAGAAGUUUUCCCUGACGCAGCGUGAUGAAGGAUCACGGCUCAUACAGCCGAACAUCGCCAUACAGUCAAUCAAAGUGUCCCGAAGUUCAGAAAUCCAAAUGACUGUUUUUUCAGCUUUAAACAAUGGAAACCAAUCAAAUGUACCUUCUGGAGAUUCUUCGGACACCUUGUCAGCCAACAGAAUAAAGAUUAAUGACACCAUCAUUCCUAGUGCCCAGUUCCCCGUUGAUGUCCAGAUGAACGUCAAGCUUAAACAAGGCACCACUAUUGGCUUUGUGCUAUACAAUAACGAUCAGUUCUUCAGAUCCCAGGUCUUCCAACCUUCACUGAACAUCAAGAGAAGAGUGAUCACUGGAUACCUGGGAAAAGAAAAUGUCCUUGAUUUUGUUCAGUUCACUGUGAGGCACCAGAAUGUGUCUUCUACGCGCCUCUAUGAUUUCGCCUGUGUGUUUUGGGACUACGACAAGAAAGACUGGAGUACAAAAGGCUGCAAAAAAGUCUGGAGUUCUGCUAAUCGAACCUGCAAAUGUGAAGGCACCACAAACUUAGCCAACUUUGCUAUGUUGAUGAGUUUCCGCUCAAACCCUGAAUUAAUCAAGGCUUUAGGCAUGAUCAGUCUAAUCGGCUGUGCUCUGUCUGUCGUGGGUUUGACCAUCACAAUGAUAUUCCAGAUCCUGACCAGAAAGUUGAGAAAAUCCAGUCCUACGGUCCUGAUGGUCAGCAUCUGUGUGUGUAUGAUCAUCGUCUACCUCAUCUUCAUCUUUGGCAUUAAAAACUCGACCCUCAGCUUCAGCUCUGUUGUUUCAGAAGAGAAUAUCAUUCCUCUGUCUGAUUUCCGUCAAGAUCCUGACUAUGGGCCGUGUACAGCGGUUACCGUUCUCCUCCAUUACUUCCUGUUAGCAGCGUUCACCUGGAGCACGCUGUACGCCACACACAUCUUCCUCCUGAUCAAAAACACCAUCUCAGGGCCGCCACAGUACUUCAGUGUCUUAUCCAUCGUAGUGGGUUGGGGUCUUCCUGCAGUGGUGGUUGGAAUCUCGUUAGGAAUCACGUACCGGAUCAAUAACCCCUUAAACUACAGACAGGAGGCGCUCUGUUGGCUGGCUGCAGUGGAUCAGAAUAACAGAUUUGAUGGGAUGAAGCCCAUGCUGUGGGGUUUCCUGCUGCCUGUCGCUGUAAUGCUCCUCUUUAACAUCGUAGUACUCUUUUACUUCUCAUACGCCACCUGCAAGACCAACCCCGAACUCAACAGUUCACAGGUCACUCCUCUACGGAGUAAAAUGCUCGGCUGCGUUUCCAUGGCCGUGGUUCUCGGCCUGUCCUGGGUCAUCGGCUACUUCAUGCUCCUGGAAACAAACCCCAACAUGCAAACCAUCCUCAGCUACGCCUUCUGCCUCUGUAACACCACGCAGGGCAUCCAGAUCUUCGUGUUGUUCACCUUAAGAACACCCGUCUUUAAACAGAAAGCCCUCGCUGUUCUCAAGCUCAUCCCAGCUCCUGUUUUGGCCAGACACAAAAAGACGUUUGAUCUGUGGGCCACAGAAGAAGUUGGUCCUGAACAGAGCUACAGAUCCAACAACUUUGACCUUUACAAUCUGUAGCGUUGAGAAAACUAUAAGAAAUUAGUGGAAAUGUGAUCGUCGCAUGGUUGUUGGUGUCAGAUGAGCUGGUUUGAGGAAUUCAGAAACUACAGAUCUCCAGAGAUCUAGAGACAGAAUGGUGAGAAAAACAAAAAACAUCGAAAGACCUUGCUGAUGAGGGACAGAGGAGAAUGGCUGGACUGGUUCGAGCGAACAGGAAGGCUACGGUAACUCAAAUAAGCACUCUUUACAACCGUGGUGAGCAGAAAAGCAUCUCAACACGUCAAACCUUGGAGAAGAUCACAGAAGACCACAUCGGGUUCCACUCAUGUCAGCCAGGAACAAAAAUCUGAGGCUACAUAGGUACAGACUCAUCCAAACUGGACAGCUGAAGAUUGGAAGAAUGUCACCUGAAUUACUGUAGCCCUUUUUUUCUUUUAGUGUAUAUAAAAAAGUCUUUCAUCAUCUGUGCGAGCAAAGUGCUUCUGAGGCUGUAGGAGGUGAAACCAGUCGGAAUUUUAUUUCUAACUGCCUCUUAUUACGAGUUAUUUCAGUGCACAAAAGUUAUACAUUACAUACGCUUAAACAUUUGCCUUGUGAAGAAUUUUUAUUCCACGCUACUGAAAAUGUGUCAAUCAG